GUGUGGCUGUACUAGACACAAUAGACGAUACUCGUCAAAAAUAAAUACAUACUGUAUCUUGUAUACUUACCUUCACGGUUGGGUAGUUUCGCGGAAGUGCGCCGACUGUUUCCAAAGCGAAGUAGCAACCGACGACUCGUUCACACAUGUUUCUUUGUGUGUCGUCGUCAGUCAGUCUCCUGCUCACGGCCCGACCUCAUGGAUCCCGGCGGAAUUGAAUCGGACUCCAGCCUGCCUCAGCCGGAGAACCCGUGUCUAAUCGUGGAGGACUCCCAGCCGGACAGCGUCGCCUUGGAAGACGACCCCGAGAGCAGCUACCGAGCUGUGCUGACCCGGCGUCUAUCAAGCCUGCAGCCCAGCGCGUGCAGCCCGGUCCUGGAGCUGAUAUCCUCACCAUUAGGAAGUGGAGGCUCUCAGACUGAUAGCCAAGCAGAGAGCUGCCGCAUUCUUGCUCUGCCCAGCCACAGUUCAGAAUGCCAAGAAGAGAGUCAAGUUCUCAACAUUAAUCCUCUUCCCAGCAAACGAAAGAGUAGCUUGCCAAUGGAUUCUGCUUUCACCACAACCUGUGACCAGUCUGAAGAUGGAAACUCGCAGUUUGGUUUCCUUGCGCUUUCUCAGAGUCAGGAUCUUGUUGGUGAAGUUAACAGCCAGAGGGGAGAUGACUGUGACAAGCCUUCAGCAGUCAGUGAGAUACACUCCAGAUUAGAGCGUAACAUCAGCACCAUGACUUCACAGGAUCCGGUAUGCAAAGUAGUCAGAUCUGAGGUGAGCUCCAGCAGCCAUUCCGGUCAAACGCUGAAUGUUCAGGUGCUACUGCACUCGCAGUGCCUCCAGGACUCUGGUGAGCUGGAACAGCAGGACCAUGAAAUAAUAUCAUCUCAGCAGGACAUGUUUGAUGCUGACAAGACAGGUGCUGGAAAAGACAGUACAGUGUCUGAGCCAGAGCAACAAAGUCACCCUACCUCAACACCUGCCCAAACCCUGCGGCUCUUGCAUCUUUCUGGACAGGGAACACUGGUACAACAGAGCUUAUCCCAAAACUCUGUUGAUUAUGUCGCCCCAACCCCAGACAACUUUCCCCACGCCCCCGACUUAACAACUGGAGCAGACAGCCAACGUGGUGCUGAUGAGUCCAUGGAUACCUGGCAGCCUCCAGAAGAGCGAGCUGGCGUAAAGGGACAAGUGCCAAUGGAAACUGAGGCCUCCUCCAAACUGCUACCACCCACCUCAACCCCUGUCUCCCAGAGUUCUCCUGGUUUUGUGUUAGAGCAGCCUCUCUCUUUACCCUCUCAGCCAGAGUUCUCGCAUGAUGUGUUUGUCCCAACACUGAGUCAGGAUGCUCCAAAUCCAUCAGAUAACAAGACCGAAUACUUCUCUCUAGAGUCUCCUCGCCAGGAAUUGGCUCCUGCUUUCACUUUGCCGUUACAGCUGUCUGUGAACAUGGACAUUAGUAACUCUGCCCAGAAGCUGUCCGAAGAGAUCAUAGAGGACACCCAGGCUACGCAGAUAGAAAAACUGGAAGAGCAGUCUGUAGUAGAUACUACUGACUCGGUGUUUCCAUGCCCCAAUCAGAGGAGCAAGUGCAACGGCGCCCCCGCUGAAUCACAAAGUGCCACUAGUUCCAAACCUUGUAGUCAGCCGGCGCAUUUUUUGAAUGUACCUGACGUGAAUGCAAAAGGAUGCGAGAUUGGUAUUAAGGACCAAAACCCUCCAAAUGUUGUGUCUUGUUCUCAAUCAAAGAUUGAAUCUUCAAAUAUGAUUGCCAACAGCUGUAUGUUUGAGACUCCCUCAGACGUUACACCCUACAAUGUGGACUCGCAGUCAAUCAUCUCCCAUAUGUCUGUUAUGCAGGUGGCAAAGAGUGGCAUGAAUGCAGUAGAAAGUGUAAAGAGUCUGUCACCAUCACUGUCACAGAACUGUGGAUCCAUUAAUAGUCAGAUGAGCAAAGUUGAAAUUGAUGAACCUGCAGAUGUUGAAGAAGCUGCUGCCUCAGAGGAAGAGGAGGUGGUAAUGGAGGUCGAGAACACUGUGGGAGACAGAGCUAGUAUAGCUUUAGUCCUCUCUCAAAGCGAGCUGAUGUCUUCUGGUGACAAGGAGGGUGGAGCUGGAGACGAGAGCAUUGUCACGGUUGCAGAGAGCAACAGAGACUCACAGACUCCUCCCAAAACACCCCCAGAACUUUUGAAAGGUACUUGUCCCCAUUCAAGCACAGGCAACGUAUCUACAUCCACUAAUGGCCAUGAGCCCAUGGAACAAGAACCAGAGGAGCACAGAGCCAAGAGCUUCAGUGAUAGCUCAGGAGAGAUGUCCUUCCAUUUCACACUGCCAAAAGAUGGGGAGCUGAUUGGUCCAAUUGUUGGAGCAACGCCGCCUCUAAUCAACCAGCUGAAGGGGACGCUUAGACACAGCACCCCCAUUGAGACAUUUAGUGAGAAGUCAGACAUUGCCGGGGUCGUUAGUGCUGAUGUGGUGAUGGCAGCCAAAGACAAUGUUCCAGAAGAAUGCGGAGACGACUUGGCUGAGAAGGGGGACAAUAGGCUGAGCUUGAGAAUGAAGUUGGUGACCCCUGUUGAAGAGGGAAGCUCAGAACGUUUCAGUUUGCAGAAGCCAGCACUAUCAGAAGAGGAUGAAUCUGUUGCCAAGGUUACCAAUGUUGCCAAGGCUGAAACCAGUCUGUCAGUGUUCAGUCGUGUCAGGCAAGUGCACAGAGAGCAGGAGGCAGAAGAUGACAACUGCCAUCUUCCUGGAGGCAACAACAUACCCAUUCGGGGAGAACUGUUCACCUCACCACAAAGAAGCUCUCAGACUCCAUCACAAGAAUAUAGCUUGCCUAAUAGCCAGUCAGAGUCUUUGCAACUGGAAGUGUUGGCAGUGCCACAGGAGGCUGCAAAGGAAACACAAGCUGAGCAAUCUGAAGAGAGGCGUGGAGCAGAACUGUCCAUCCCAAACCAGAAGGACACAUCCCAGCACACCUUAGACAACACUAUUGCUGCUAGUACAUCUGACCAGCGGGCAGCCUCCCAGAAAACCAGUUCAGCUACACCAUUGCUGUGCUCACCAGCUGGCAAGGGUGAACCGGAGACCCCAUCUUAUCGAAGAACUUCUGGCCCCUCCCACUGCAGACAUGUGCGCACCAUCCAGGAAGUACGGACCACAGUCACGCGGAUCAUUACAGAUGUUUAUUAUGAGGAUGGCAAAGAGGUGGAUCGCAAAGUCACUGAGGAGAGCGAGGACCCAGUGGUGGACUGUCAGGUGUUGGACAGUGACAGUUCCCCGUGCCGUACAAUCAGCAGCUCCCUAACCUCUGGUGACCUUGGUGACAUCAGCUCCCUGUCAUCCAAGGCCUCUAGCCUGCAACGAAGUUCUGGGGGAGCGAGCAGCACCACAACGGGUCUCUCCAGGCCAGAAUUCAUCAUGCCGCCCAGCCGAAGCGCCAAAUACGUCAGUCCCAAAAGGGGAGGCGGGCAGAAACAGAGGGGUUAUAGGGGUCAAAAGGCAGGGUCAGUGGUCACAAAGGACAGCGUUAACAGUACCCUUGAGUCCGGGGCUUUAGCUUCACACACCCCGAGAGGACGGGCUAAACGUGGCCGACCCUCGACCAGGGGAGGAGGUGCUAGCUCACUGUCGCGUCUUGGCACUCAAGGUCAGCCCCUGUCCUCCUCAGAGGAUGAACCCUUCACUCACAUAGUGGCCCCAGGCGUCCCUGUCAGCCCUACAGACGCUGAGGUCCCAUGCCACUCCAACUCCCUCCGCUCGUCCCCAGAGGAGGCAAGCUCAGCUGGAAGUAGCUUCGUGGGAAUGCGAGUAGUGGCCAAGUGGUCUUCCAAUGGCUACUUCUAUUCUGGCUGCAUUGUCAAAGAUCCUGGGGAGGGCAGAUUCCGCCUGCGAUUUGAUGAUGGCUAUGAGUGUGAAGUGGCAGGAAAAGAUAUCCUGCUGUGUGAUCCCAUUCCACUGGAGACUGAGGUCACCGCUUUGGUGGAAGAUGAGUUCUUCAGUGUAGGUAUCGUGAAGGGUUAUAAAACAGAAGGCCAAGACCUCUUCUAUAGUGUAGAGCGUGAGGGCCAAAAGCAGUGGUACAACAGGACAUCAGUCAUUCUCUCCCUGGAACAGGGAAACAGACUGAGAGAGCACCACAGCCUUGGCCCCUAUGAGCCCUCCACUCCCCUGGCCAAGGCCUCUGACAUCAGCCUAGAUAAUUUGGUGGAGGGAAAAAGGCGCCGCAGAGGAGCCCCUGGGGGCUCGAACACUCCUAUCCACAGUUCCUCCAGCAGCCCACGUAACCCAGGCCCAUCCACUAAGAAAAGGCUGAGGACGCUUGAUAACGAGAGUUCGCCAGCCAAAAGAAGCCGCAGGGGUCCUAAUGCCAGAGCCGCUCAGCGGGUCGGUGUGUGCAACACGUCUGGCAGUGGCACAGAUCUUGCCGCCCAGCCGUGUGAUCCACCAGAGACUCACGGCCCGAUACCCCAGAACACAUCUCUCUUCAUGGGCUUCGCCUUCAUGCUGACAGCCUCGUCUGAGAGGGACCGACUAAACAAUAAGCUCACUAGUGAGGAUGAGGACGACGAUGAUUAUGUGCAGACUGGCCCAUUUAACAAAGCAUACACUGAGUCUCAGCUCCAGGCAGGUGGAGGCUUUGUUUUGCCAGACUUCAAUGAAGAACAGUGCAAAGCAGCCUACCAGAGUCUUCUUAUCGUAGACCAGCACUGCCGUACCAGGAAGUACUUACUGUGCUUGGCCAGUGGUGUGCCAUGUGUCUCACAUCUGUGGGUGCGAGACUGCUGCAAAGACAACAAACUGCUCAACUAUAGGAACUAUCUGCUGCCUGCUGGUUUGGGACCAGAUGAUGCCAUUGUGGAAUGGCAUCCCCGCUGUAGUCCCUUCAAGGACCUGCAUUUUUUCCUGGUAUUUGAGAAGCCAGUGGAGCUUUGGGCCCAGCUCGUCACCAUGGGUGGCGCUUCUUCUGUCCGACAUUACCAUGCUGACAAGGACGGCUCUGACGUUCCUGCAGGCAAGUAUGAUGUUGUGGUCUCAGACCAUUCUUGCCCACCACUUAUAGAGAAAAAUGUGAUGACACUUGAAGUCCCUCUGGUAUCUCCUGAGUGGCUCAUCCAGAGUGUCAUCUGUGGGGAACGCCUUGGUUUCCAGAGCAAGCCUCAAUAUCACCACAACUAUUCCUUGACAUCGUCGUCAACAAUCUAAAUGUGCAACCUGCCUUCAACCCUGUUCACUCUUUAGCGUUUGUUGUGUUGCAUGCCUUUACUGUAUAUAACUUCAUUCUGUGUUUUUAUGAAAGAAUAAAUGGUGAUCAGUGUUUCACUUUAA